CGGGCCAGAAAAACGACACGAGCAAUCAAACGAGCAGGCGUAUUAGCGAUAGGCUCGGAGAAGAGGCUUUUAGACGGAGGACCCAUGCCUUGAAAAACCAGUGAUCGACUUUUCGGCUCGUUCUGUGCGCGAGGCAAAAUGCCGCCUCAACGUGGCGUGUCUUACUUACUCGGACUGUUACUACUAAUCGGUGCGAGCCCUGCGCUGAAAUGUCCGGAACGAGGGUCCAGCUCGCCGGGUCGCGAGCUCGUCUGCUACACGAAGAGCCACGAGGUGACUCGCUUGGAGAACGCCAUCUGCCGAUGCACGACUCUCAUUCAUCAAGGCCACGACCUGCAAUCCCUUGACUCUUCCGAAUUAAAGAGUUUAAGAAAUGCUGCCAAGGAAGCGAAUCCCAUUAUCAGAGUUGUCAUGUCGAUCAAUGAUAACCACGAGAUACUGAAGAGUUCGAGAACUACGAGACAAGAUGCGGCCACAUAUCUCAGUGACGUACUGAAGGAGGUCGACGGCGUGGAGCUUAAUAUAACGGCAGGUAAUAAGGAGCGGCUGGUCUCGUUCGUUAAAGGCCUGAAGGACGAGUUGGUUAACAAGAGUAUCGACAAGAUGAUCCUGCUGUCGCUGCCGACGAAACCCGAAUACUUGGCUAAGCAGUUCGAGCUCAAGGAGCUUGCCAAAUACGUAGACGUGUUUACGGUAGCAACGCACUAUUUGAGAAGCAACGAGGAGGCUUACCACUCGUUUCAUCCAUCACGAUUGAUGGGCUUGUUCGACAUGCUAAACACCGACAGUUUAGUGGACCUGAUAAGCGGUAUGGGCGCGCCCAAGCAAAAAAUAUUGAUUUCAGCGCCCGCUGGCGCCUAUCAAUUUACGCUGAAGAAAGCUGAAGAGAAUGCGCCAAGAUCCCCGACGAUUGAGGAGCAGCCCGUCGCGUUGGAUCGUAAAAAACUCUGCGACGUGAUGAACGAUGGCGAGUGGACUGUCGAGAGAGAUGAAGAUCUCACGGCGCCUUACGCAUUCAAAAAUACUUCGUGGCUUGCAUUUGAAGAUGAGACUUCGCUCAAAAUUAAGGGAAAAUAUGUAAUGUUACGAGACUUGGCUGGAUUGGGUUUGCGAGAUGUUGAAAAUGACAUAACGAAUGAUUGCGGAGUAUCUGUAAUUCAAGCCGUUUACAAAUCAUUCACGGAAAUGAAGAGAAAAACUAGAGAAGCAUUACUUUCAUCAUUGGAAAGUGAUUUAAAGGAUUCUAAAAUUUCUUACCCAAGACACGUAAGAUCCUCGGACUUCAGGAUUGUACAAGUUAUAGAUACUGAGGGAAAAAUUCAAACUGUACGUGAAAAUACUCGAACGGCAUUUACUUGUACACGACAGGGAUACUUUGUUCACCCAAGAAGUUGUAAUAGAUUUUAUCGAUGUGUCAAAUAUAAUCAAAGAGUCGACGAUUAUUCCGUAUUUGAAUUCGACUGUCCUGCUGGUUUAGCAUUCGACGAAAGAACUGAAGUAUGUACGUGGCCUGGAUCAUUACCGAGAAGUUCUGCAUGUCCAGGUAGCAGUGAAAUUGAGCCGGUACCACGAAGUAGGUUCCGGUGUCCUAGUUAUCCUGGUUAUUAUGCGGAUCCACAGAAUUGUAGAUGGUUCUUUGCUUGUUAUGAUCUCGGUGGUCCUGAAAUGGUGCCAUACGAGUUUCGAUGUCCAUUUGGCUUAGUCUUUGAUGAGCAUAGAUUAAUAUGCGAAUGGCCAUGGAAAGUGCCAAAAUGCAAUGGCCAUGGUCAUGGUGACGAUCAUGGUGAGGCUCAUAGUAUUUACAAUUAUGGCGCAGUUUACGGAGCACAAGGAGGAGAUGUACCGCAGGGAGGAAUCGUAGGUGUAGGCGGAUUUGUAGGUCAAGGAGGAUUAACAGGAGGAACAUACGAUGCUCAAAGUGGACAAGAUUUUGGAUCUGGAGCUGGUGUAUAUAACGGACAGAACUAUAAUACUGCUGGAACACCUGGUACUUAUGACGGUCAAGCAUUUAACUCAGCUGGAGCUUUUGGAGCGCAAGACAUUUACAAUGUACACGGUCAAAGUGGAGUCGCUGUUGGAUAUGGUGGACAGUCUUUCAAUCCGGAUUAUGAUGGGCAAAAUUACAACGGAGCCGGAGCUGCAUUCGAUGGACAAACUUAUAAUACUGGAGGUUUUGGUGGAGCAAACACUGGAUACAAUGGCCAAGCUUACGAUACAGGGAUCAGCGGUGGAACAGGAGUGGGAUACAACGGACAAUCAUAUAAUAUUGGACAAGUUGGUGGGGCUGGAUUUGAUGGACAAACUUACAAUUCAGGCGGAAUUAAUUCAGCAGGAGCUGUACCUGACAGUGCAGACUAUGAUGGUCAAACAUUUAAUAUAGGUGGAAAUAAUUAUGAUACUGGUUAUAAUGCCGGUGGUAAUAGUGCAAUAAGUUCACCUCGGCCAUUUGCUCCAAGUAUUUACAAUCAACCAAAUUACCAGACACAAAAUAGUGGUGUCGAUUAUGAUGGACAAAAUUAUAAUGGAGCUGGCGGUGGCGUUGAUUAUAGUAAUCAAGCUUAUGGAGGUGAUACUCAAGCUCACGUAGAUAUGGGAAAGGAUUAUGAAAAUCAAAACUACGAUGGCGAUACUCAAGCUCAUUUAGAUGUAGGAAAGGAUUAUGGCAAUCAAAACUACGGUGGCGAUACGCAAGUUCAUGUCGAUAUGGGAAAAGAUUAUAACAAUCAAAAUUACGAUGGUAAUGCUCAAUCUCAUGUAGACGUCGAUAAAUCUGUCACGGUAAGGCCUACGGGAUUCAAUGGUCAGGAUAUAGUGACAUCUACGGUAAAUUAUGAAGAUCGAGGAGAUUUUACUCCUACUUAUAAUUAUGCUAACCAAGGAAAUACAUAUGCCAACGGUGGAAGUAAAACCACGCAAUUCAACGCUGGAAGUAAAACCACGCAGUUCAACGCAGGAACUAUUGGUUCUACUAUUGGUGUAAAUAAUUUUGCUGGAGAUACUCGUACACCAACUGGAUUCACUUCAGCAAUAGCUACUAAUUACGCAGGAGAUAUUGGUUCUACCACAGGUUAUACACCAGGUGUUAGCACAGGAAAUGCUAAAAAUGGAUAUACGGGAGGCUCCACGACGGUAUAUGCUCCUGGUAAUACAAUUGACUACGGAGACAGAAACACUGCUGGAUACGCAACAGAAGGUUCUAUUACGGGAUACAGUGCUGAUACGGCAGGAGUAAUAACUGGAUUUAAUAAUUUCGCUGGCCCAACUGGAACUACAUUUGGUGGAUCUACGAAUGGCUACGUACAAAAUACAUAUGGCUCUACGGGACCUUAUUAUAGCAGUAUAGGUACUACGAAUGUUGAAUCAAAUAAUUUUGGAUCUGAUGUUACGCAAUACAUCACUGGAAACGGGCCAACUAUUUACAAUGCUACAUAUAAUCCUAAUCUUGGGUAUCCCACUUCGACGAUUUUACCUUUUAGAGGAAAAGAAAAUACAGACGAUUAUCAAGGCACAAAACCUGUUAACUCUAUUAUUUACAAUUCGAACUUAGCUGUGGGACUUUCAACAAGUGAAAGCUUUGGUACGCAACACACUAAUCAGGCUGAGAAGAGCUUUACCAGUCAAGGACAAACACCAGCACAGUAUGGUUCUUACGGACCGACACAAAGUACCCCGAAUUAUAAUACCGUCACUAAUUUCUAUGAUAAUUCAAACAUAGGUAACGUAAUUUAUUCUCUUUUGAAAAUAUUUUUUCAAUUAUCAACAAAUUAACUUUUUUCAUUAAUUUUUCAUUUUAUAGGUGGAACUACGAAAACCACUGCUGGACUCGGUACAUUUGGCGGAUCAACUAUUGCUCCAAAUUAUAAUAUUGGCGCAGGUACAGCCAACAACAAUAAUUCACCACUUAUCGGAUCAAGUCUAGUACCUAAUAAUGAAAUUACUAGAUAUAAUGAGAAUACCGGAACUGUCACUGGCAGUACUUUCUAUAAUAAAGGAACAACGUUGAAUCAAAAUCCAUAUCAGGUUACUGGUUUCGCUAAGACUUCGGGUACUCAAUCUACAAUCAUUCCAGGUUACAAUAAACAAGUGCCAGCAGUUGUUCCAUUAAGCGACGCAAGGCCUGUUGUGGAACUCGAAAAUUUCGGACUUUAUGCUCCAGGUGCUAAUGUUCCAAGCACGCAAUACCCAGACUAUAAAACUAACGACAUACAAGAUUACAGAACUCCUUCUUACACGGGAAUUCCUAACUCGUUUAUUAUUAAUGCUGGUAAUGGCGAAAAUGAGCAGUCGACUAUUUUGAAAGCUGGUGAACAAACGACAACAGAAGUCUAUACACGAGGAGGAUUUACAAAAACUGGUCCCACAAAAACUGGUAUUACGACAGCUCAAGUAGGAGGAACCGGCAGCUACGUGAUAGGAACUGGUACUCCGAGGCAAAGACCGAAUCCUCAGUACAUAGGAGAACAUGCUUUUUCUACAAAUAUUGGUACAGUAGCAACUGCUACCAAUUUCGGUACAACUCCAGUUCCAACUGCUACUAAUUUCGGUAUAGCACAAACUGGUACCAAUUUUGGUACAGGUGGAACCACGACAAAUUUCGCAACAAACCAAAAUAUGAAUUUCGGAAUGUCUGGCGUUAAAGGAAACACUGUUAACUUUGGAACAACUAGGCUACCUGAUGGUGUUACUACUACUGACUAUAGACAAUCGAAUACUGCUACAGGAACAAACACUAAUUUUGCUGGUUAUUCGUAUCCCAAACCAUCUACGCCAUUUGAAACUGAUUUCCCUUCGAGUACCCCUACAGUAACACAAACACCUUAUUACGUGUCAACAACGCCAGUUUCAAUAGAAAAUCAAAAUUCCGUUAUUAUCGAUGGAACUAAAAAUGGCUACAGUUCUACUAUUUCACCAGUUGGAUAUACUACUAAUCAAGCAGAUAAUUUCAGAACCACAAUUUACCAAGCUACUCGGCUACCACAAAAGGUUUCUACUGUUCGGCCUGUCAUAGAUACUGGUUCGAGAACUAUCAUUUCUUCAACGACAGUACCAGCUUUCAUUACUACCCUCAGGCCAAUUAAUAAAAAUAAUGUUGUAUCGACUACACCACAGACAUUUUUGGAUGUAGGUGUAUCUUUCGAUCAAGGAAACUAUGACGAUAUUUCUUAUGCACAAGGCUCGACCGGUAAUUCAGAUUAUUCCGAUAUUACAUCUAAUUUCGAACAAGGUAUUUUUGGUCAGAAAAUCGGCGGACAGGCACGAUUUACUAACAAUUAUCCACAAUCAUCAACAAAUUCUCCUUUGAUAAAACAAAAUAAUGAGCUCGUAAAACCAACCGCAGAAAAUUACGAUGCCUUCACUCAAAUAGGAACAGAAUUUAAUUCUCAGACUAAAUCCGUACGAAUCAAUCAAGGAAGUAAUAAUAGAGCAAGGGUUAAUAUUCCGAGCCAGGUAUACCUACCAUCAACGACACUUUCUCCCGUAGCCGGUGUUACUUUUAGACGUCCUAUUGUAGCUGCUGAGUUUACUCAAAAUCAAAACUCUGACUUUAUCUACCGUGGAUCAAACAAUAGAUUCUUAAAGAAUCAAGCUUCAUCCACUACUAUUCCGCAAAGAGCUACCAACGGUGGUUCAAUUAAUCAACCAUCUUACGACUAUGAAUCGCAAAGGCACAACAAUGGUCAAAUUCUACGCAAUCAAGCAUCAUCAGGCGUUACCCCUCAAGUAGCAGCUGAGACUUAUUUUAACAAUCAAGCGGCAGGUGCUUUUCCUAGUCGAGAAAAUACCAAAUUUUCAAUCAGUCAAACAAAUGGAAAUUCAUUUAUUACUCAAAAUCAAGGCUUUUCCCGAGGUCAAUCAACAUCUUCGGUGAAUCAAAAUCAGGAGUUUAACGGAAAAACAAGAACAUUAGUUGGAUCUCAGGUCGUAACGUCGUUUGGUAACUCAGGCUUCAGAAAUGGUGUAGUUCAGAGCUCAGCAAAUAGUGGAGACCUAAAAGUAGAAACCAAAUUUGAUAGCGGUAGGAGAAUACAACAGAGCACGACGCUGGCUCCGGAAAUUACCACUUAUAUCGGUGAUUAUAGUCGAACUCGAUUACAGUCGAGCACACGAAACCAGAACAAGAAGGUCAUCGUAAAACUCAGUGAUCUACAUCCGUUAAUUCUUGGAAAACUUGGCGCUGAAUGCACGUGCAGAGCAGACCCAUUUGCAGUAUUCCGUGGGCCAACUAGGCAGUCCUUACCUAUUAAUUCUCAAAAUCGUGGACCUGUCGACCUUGCCAAUUACGAUGAGAGUGACAUUUAUGUAGAUAUGGACUCGGAUAAAGAGAAUCAAAGCCAAAUUGAAUUUGCAAAAAAUAUACCGUCAAACAGACUAAUCAAGACUUCAAAUGCGAGGAUCAAUGAGGAAUACGAUAGUCACUUUGUAUUCAACUCUAGGGUAGAACCACCAUCUUCAACGUAUUUACCGCCAACUAGUAGACUGUCCUCCAAUUAUCUUCCUGCUAAGCCGUCGACUGCGUAUCUUCCUCCGUCAACGCUACCACCAUUCUCUUCAGUGUUAAGACAAAACCAAGCUUCUCUGAGCACGAAUACACAAAAUCGUCAGCCCCUAUUGAUAAGAGUCGAGGAUAGUUUUGCAAACAGAAGGUCUGGUAAAGCUUUGUUUGAUGGAUCGAUGAAUUUGGCAAACAACUUGAAGAAUCAAGAUACAUAUUUUGACCGUUAUAAAUCUGGUGGUCUGAGAGACAAUGAUGAGAUACUGCAACAAGAAUUUGACUGUGCCAGGCCAGGUCUGUUUAGACAUCCGAAACACUGUAACAAGUUCUAUGCAUGUCACUGGGACAAUUGGAAGAAAAAGUAUACCUUACAUGUAUUCAAUUGCCCUGUUCACUUAGCCUUCGACUCAAGUGCAGGAGCUUGUAACUAUCCAAGCAAAGGUCCUGCUUGCCAAGAAAAUAAACUUCUCAUAUGAAGUGUUUACACUGCCAUGAAUUACGUCUUAUUAAGAAUGCAAAAGAAAGAUUAACGACAUCGUGAGAGAACACGCAAUUAUUUAUAGUAUUAUACGAAUUUUUCAUUUAAUUUAUAUUGUAAUUUGUAGUUUAAUAUUUUAUAAUUGGUUUUAGAAUGCCAAUUUUGAUAAGUUACCGUUUAUGAUGCAAUAGAAUAUACUUUACAAAUUUUGAUAAAUUAUUUACAGAAUAUUUAAAAAUUGUUGCUGCCAUCAAGUUUUAAUUAAUAUUAAUUGUAAUACGCAGAUCAAAAAACGAAUA